UUGUUUAGAUGCUUGGAGUGGGGUGGCACCUACACAGUUCUUACCGCUGGUUAUAACCAUUCUUUGAGUACUGCUCAUGUAGUUAAAAACGACAUAUACGCUAUUGACAUAAGAACAGGGGUCAAACGGCGGAUCAGACCUGAGGCUGAUGAAUCGCCUGUCACUCUUCUCCGAGUAUCAUACUAUCAAUGCUAUUUGGCACUUGCUUUUCAACGUGAGCCACUCGAAAUUUGGGACCUCAAAGAGACUCGCUUAUAUCACGUUGUGGUCAAGGGACUCCAUGUUAAAGAUGGAAAAGAAGUGAACACUCAGUGGAAAAGCGGAGGUUGGUCGAUCAGGAAUAUGGCAUGGAAAGAUGAAAUGUUGGCAAUGGGUGACGCAGAAGGAAGAAUUAUAGUGAGUUGACU